AUAAACCAGGACUAGGCUAAUUCUACUUAAAUUAAUCCACACUAAACAACUGACUUUCUGAGAUGUUGCUUAAGUUUGGAUUAACUAGUUCUAGACUACAGAGUCUCAGAUUAAGGUAAUCAAGGACAAGUGAGAUCAUCUUUUGGAAACCCGAUUAGAUUAAUGGCAUGCACAUGUGGCUAAGGAGAGGUUGCUAUAAAAACCUGGUAUGGAAUACUUGUAAUUCAUUAGUCUUAAGGAGUGUGUGGAACAGGAGUCAUUACACUUAACCAAAAAAUGGAUCAAGGCAGAAGAAAACGCUCAAAAAACUUCAGUGAAUUUGAGAAGACCCUUUUUAAACAAAUUGUAUCAAAUUAUCCUGUAAUUGAAAACAAACAGCAUGAUUCAGGUACAGAAAACAAGAAGAAGAAGGCAUGGAUUUCCAUAUUGAAUCAAUUCAACUCAAAUGAAAAAGUAACCAAACGGACACUCCAACAAGUUCAGGUCCUGUGGAAAAACAUAAAAAUAAACCUGAAAAAAACAACUGCUGCUACGCGUCAAGAGCGUUUCAAGACAGGCGGGGGACUCCCAGUUCCACCAGACACAAAGGAGUUGGGGGACUUGUUGGCUGGGAUUAUUGAAAGUCAGCAACCCCUGGAAGGUAUUCCAGAUGAUGACCAUUUGGACAGUUCAGAUGACCUGAUCUUGACACAGGACUUGGGGGGUGCAGGGAACAGUCAAGAUGCUCAAAUGAAUCCAGCAGCAGCCAGCACCAACAUGCAGCAGCAUCCAGUCUCCUGCAGUAGCAGUAGUCAGCAUCCAGCAGUCUCUAAUCCAGGCAGCAGGUCAAGAGGGAAAAGGAUGACCAUUCAUGAGAAACUUGCCAUAGAGUUAAAAUAUUAA